UAUGAUAAUUUGGUUCAGUUCGUCCGAACACGCAAAAGGAAUAGGAGCUAAUCUCGUUCUUGUCUCAUUCGUUUUGUAUGUGUCCACACGAAUGACGCUUUAUGCAUUGAAAUAAAUUUCUCUCAGCGCAUUCCUUCAAAGUUAAGAUGAAGUCUUUCGUACCAGCUCCCAAGUCCAGUGAUUUUCCUAUUGAAAACCUUCCGUAUGGGAUUUUUUCCACUCAACAAAAUCCCCAGCAUCGCAUUGGAGUUGCAAUCGGCGAAUUUAUUCUCGACCUUACAACCGUUCACAGCUUUUAUCCUGCGAAAUACCAUGAUGUGUUGACCGCAGAUGUUCUAAAUCCGCUGAUGUCCUUGGGGCAUGAAGCAUGGGAUGAAGUGCGUAACAUCACGAAAAACAUUCUUCUGGAAGGGUCUGAACUGCAUUUGGACGAAUUACUUAAAGACAAAGCUUUAGUUUCUAUGAGUGCAGCACAAAUGCAUCUUCCGGUAAACAUUGGUGAUUAUACUGAUUUCUACUCAUCGAUACACCAUGCCACAAACGUGGGUAUUAUGUUUCGUGGCAAAGAUAACGCAUUAAUGCCCAAUUGGAAACAUCUACCAGUUGGAUAUCAUGGUAGAGCAAGUUCAGUUGUUGUAUCGGGAACUCCCAUUCGGCGGCCUUUUGGGCAAACUCAACCUGUAGAUGGCGCAAAUCCUGUUUUUGGACCUUGCCGAUUGUUCGAUUUUGAACUGGAGGUAGCUUUCUUUAUUGGGGGACCACCAACCAAGCUUGGGGAACCGGUAAAGGUCGACGAUGCCACUAAGCGCGUGUUUGGUUUCGUACUAAUGAACGAUUGGAGCGCACGCGAUAUUCAAAAAUGGGAAUACGUCCCUUUGGGUCCAUUCACAGCAAAAAAUCUCGGUACAACAAUAUCACCGUGGGUCAUACCCAUUGCCGCUCUGGAGCCAUUCAAAGUGAAUAAUUUUCCGCAAGAUCCUGCACCGUUCCCUUAUUUGCGACAUGAGAACAAAUUCAACUUUGACAUCAAGCUGGAAGUGGACAUCAAAUCAAAAGGCGUCUCAACCACAGUUUGUCGCUCGAACUAUCGAAACCUGUACUGGACAGCAUUGCAGCAAAUUGCUCAUCAUACCGUUACUGGGUGCAACCUGAAACCAGGCGACUUAAUGGCAUCGGGAACGAUCAGUGGAGAUGCAUCUGACUCAUUUGGAUCAAUGCUUGAGCUGAGUUGGAAGGGAACUAAGUCCAUACCACUUUUAAGUGGCGAAACCCGAAAAUUCCUCCAGGAUGGUGAUGAAGUUGUUAUUCGAGGAUAUUGCCAGAAUGAUCAAAUUAGAAUUGGGUUCGGAUCCUGUAGUGGAGUAGUGUUGUCAGCAACGGCAUACGAAUGAGGUCGACCUUUAGGAAUCACAAUGUUGAAAUUAUUUCAAAUCAAAAAAUAAAAUUCUGAUACACAUUUGCUACCUAA